UCUCCUAGACCACAUGGUUGUCUUAGGCAGGUUUGACUGUAUUUUUAACGUGUAAGAAGUUGAUUUUGUGAAUUUGAAUGAGGAGUAGGCAGCUUUGGGUAAUUCUUUAUUUUUCCUAAUUCCAAAAAUGUUCAGGAGCCAGUGACUAUCACCAUGAGUGUACAGCUUCCUGGUCAUCCAACUGACAUUUGUAUCCUGAAACAUCUAGCCGGCUUGCUCGUGUCCUGUACUCACCACAAUGGGGAGAAUCUGUACCGAGAAAAUCUUUUCCAUCUCAACAUGAAAGGGGAGAUAACUGGUUGUCUGCCUAUGCUGGGACCAGGCCCCAGGAGUUUCUUCCCUUGUCUCUUGCCUGACAAUCCUGACGUGACAGCUGCCUCUCCCGAACAUGGUAGGGGAGGUUACUAUGUGUACAUGAGGGAUGGCCAUGAAGGAAUCAUUGCUGUCUACAUUGAAAAGUGAAAUAACGAAUGCUAGAUUACUGGAUGUUGACUCUAAGUAUAUCAUGAAGGCUAUUUAGCCAUUCUUCCGUUGUACAGAAACAUCAUCGUUGGGUGCCAAACUGCAGCACCCCUUUUUCUAGUGAAGCUGAGU